AUGACAUGUUCCCUUGGAAUGAAUGGUUCCUCCAAUAUGUGUAUUUCUGAUAAGUGCAGCGUUUGUCGUAUUAUAAGACAUGGGUUCUCCAUAAAGAAAGAGAUCAAGGGAGGAAUUGGUGUUUUCACAACUUCAACAAGUGGAAGAGUCUUUGAAUCUAUUGAACUCUAUGAAGAAACCCCAUUUGUGAGGAAGGCUUUAAUAGUCUGUAGAGUGAUUGCAGGAAGGGUACAUAAGCCUUUGGAGAGCAUCCAAGGACUAGCAGGGCAAACAGGGUUUGAUUCAUUGGUUGGAAAAGUUGGUCUUUAUUCAAAUAUUGAGGAGCUAUACUUACUCAGCCCUAGAGCUCUUCUUCCUUGCUUUGUGGCACCUUUCUUGAAUGCUCAAGAUAGCUUUGCUCUGGCCCCUGCUACAAAGAUUGUAUUGUUAACUACAUCUCCUGCUCCUAGUGAGAAUAUAGGGUCUUCCUUAGUGGUUAUUGAGGAGUUAGAGUCAGAGCAUCCCUCUCCAGCUUGCAACAUAGCCACUAAAAGGGAAGGAUCUCCGGAGGGCUCAUUUGUACAUUCGAAGGUUGGUUUAAAUAGUAACUUGCAUACCGGGAAUGCCCUUGUAGACCUUUAUGCAAAAUGUGGGAGCGUUAAAAAGGCACAUACAGUACUUUUUGAGAUGGAGAGAAGGAAUGUUAUAUCUUGGACUUAUUUGAUUUUUGGCUUGGCCGUUAAUGGGUUUGAUAAGGAAGCAAUUGAGCUCCUUGUGCAGUUGGAUAGGGAGGCAUUGGUUCCCACUGAGAUUACCUUCGUUGGGGUCUGGUAUGCUGGCAGUCAUUAUGGAAUGGUGGAUCAAGGAUUUGAGUACUUCAAGAGGAUGAGGGAAGUAUAUAGGAUCAUGCCUAAGAUAGAACAUUAUGGUUGCAUUGUUGAUUUGUUUGGAAGGGAUGGGUUGGUACAAGAAGCACAUGAUUUCAUUCAAAUAUGCCACUGGAACCCAAUGCUGUUGAUUGGAAGACUCUACUUGGAGCUUGUGCUUGUCAUGUUCUCAAAUUCCCUUCUAGCAAUUGGGUUAUUAUUGACGCAACAAUGA